AUGCGAAGUUACACAAGGUAUUUCUUAACUUUUUUGUAUGUUAUAAAACUUUUGAUGCCAGGAGCAGAAGCGGCAACAAGUGCUGGAAAAUCAGCAGCCGAAUACAGGACGCUUUGUAAGCUAAUAAGACUAGCGCAGUCAGAUCCAGAACCGCUAAAAUCCGACGACAGUGUUGCCAGUGACGCAUUCGAGAUCGACAAACUUAACAUGACAGCAGCCAGCGCUGAAUGGCGCACCAAAUUCGGCGGCGGUGGCGCAAGCCACGACUGGCAAGCCUCAAAAGGGAAUUUCACAAACCAAGAAUUUGAAUCAUACUGGGGCCAAAAAUGGCCAAACUGGCUCAAAACAGAAAAGGCAACAUAUCCGAACGCUGCUAACAAAAAAUGGCUAGAACAAAACCCACCACCUAAACAGGGCCCGGCGCAAGCCAAAACGGCGAAGCAACUAGCUGUCUACGCCGAAGAGGCAGCCGCUCUCGCGCGCACCUACACGGAGGGCAUCACCGCUGCCAACGGUCGAGAACUAAAGGCGAUAAAAACAGCACUGCGCGCAGCUCUGUAUGGUGACAAACAAAAAGACGGCGAGGGCCUUCCGGCGCUAAAGCCACCGAAUGAAGCGGAAUGCGGGCAGGACGACUGCAAAGGAACCAACGUCGGCGACAACCUAGCCUAUGACGUCCUUUGCCUUUGCGCUGGGAAAACAGCAGCAGAAAGCAAAGGCUGCACACAUACUCAGCUAACGACAGGCUGGACCAGCGGCGCAACAAACGUAGAACAAACCGCGAAGAAACUGCUCGACAAUUGCGCGGAGGUAUCGCAGCCGGAAGCCACGGCAGCGAACAUAGCAUCGGCAAUAGCGAACCUGGAGCAAAUGAUAGGCAGGUACCACGGCGACACAGCAAAAAAUCAGAUACUAGGGAAGUCAACCGCCAACCACUGCAGCGGAGACGAUGACCACAUUUGUGUAGACUACGAAAGCUACUAUAACAUGGACUUGACGCCCAAAACAACAAGAAUAAAGUGGAUGCAGCAGCUCGAAAUAGCUGCGCGACUGCUAAAUGAAAGAAAAGAAAAAAAAGAAAAACUACGGACGGCAGCAGCGGCCCUUAAGACCUUAAGAACAGCCGCCGAAGCCACUUAUGCAGCGAGGCAAAUCCACCAACUAGCGAACCAACCGUCACACAGUCAAGCCAAAGACAAAGCAAAAUCAGAAGUGGAAUGUAACACUAACACAACAAACCAGACUUGCACCAAAGCUAACUGCAAAUGGGAAGAAAAAGGUGGAAAGGGGGAGUGCAAAUCCAAACCAGGAACGGAAACACCGGAAGCAGCAACAGGAGAAAAGAAAGACGGGGAUAAUAAAGCAAGCGCAGCUGAUUGCAAAGCCUCGUCCGAAACUAAUUGUGACACGACAAAAUGCACUUGGAACAAGGAAAAGAAUGAGUGCAAAGUCAAAGAGGGAACGGUUUUUAUUUCAGCUGUAAUUAAGGUCCCUCUUUUGCUUGCAUUUUUGCUUUUUUAA